AGGCUGAUUUGUAUCAUACUCGGCCGAAAAUGACCGUCAAAAAACUUCAUAUUGAAUAUGACGCUGUAAACAGCAGGAACACUUUCACAAAUGGCGAUACCAUAAAUGGACGGAUAAUCUUGGAGGUCUCAAAAAGAACAAAAGUUCAGUCGCUUCUUUUCAUUGCUAAAGGAAAAGCGAGGGUUUGCUGGACUGAGCAUUACGGCGAGAACCAAACUCAUGUAUACUGGUCUGAUGAGAAAUACUAUAGUGUAAAACAUCAUGUGAUAAGGGAAUCGAGACAAGAUGGGACUGAAGUCAUUAGCGGAGGAAAACAUGUUUUUCCUUUUACCUUCAAGAUACCUGACAGGAAAAUGCCAUCAUCUUUUCAAUCGUCUGUGGGAAGAAUUGUUCAUAAGUUGAAGGCGGAGCUCAAACAGUCAAUGAAGCUGAAAAAGAAAGCCAAGAUCCAUUUUAUGUUUGUGUCCAAAGCCGACAUGGACACACCGGGACUCUUGGUUCCCCAACAGGAAAGCAAGGAUAAAAGUCUUGCAUUUGGUUCUGGACAUGUUUCGAUGGAUGUCCAUGCAAAGAAAAUGGGAUACAAACUUGGCGAAGCCAUGAAGGUCACCAUUCAAAUCAAUAAUGCCUCAAGUCGUUCAGUAAAACCCAAACUUGAACUAUAUGAGAAGAGGAGCUUCUUCGCUCAGGGUCGACGGAAAGUAGAGACACGCACUAUUCUAAAGGAAAAGUCCGACGUUGUUGAAGGACGAUCCGGACAAAAAAUGGUAACAAAGAUUAUCACCGUCCCCAGAGAGCUUACCCCGUCCAUCCUGAACUGCUCUAUCCUGAAACUGGAAUACAGGCUCAAAGUGUACCUUGAUAUCAAAUGUGCUGCAGACCCAAAGGUUAAACUGCCCAUUGUCAUUCUCCCUGAAGAUAACAGCAGAGAGUCGGGUGAAAUACAACCACUUCCUCCUGUCGGGUUUGGACUUGAAGCGUUUGGAAACCCAAACCCACAAACCUGGGGCACCACAUCACAAGCCAUGAGUCCUCCACCUCCCUAUGAAGCAUCUGCCAUGUUUCCUUCUUUCCCCUCAGAUUAUAAGACUACCUUGUAAUAUCAGCGUAUCGUAUUUUUCUUCUGUCAUGACCGCAAUACUGUUGUGCCUGCACUAUUUAUUUAUUUUCCAUGUUGUGGUUAGACACGCUUAUGUGCAGAAACUUUAAAAAAAAAGUUUCUUUCUAAAUCGUAAAUUAGGUCAUGACACAGAUUUAACAAACAACCUUGACAGUUUUGAAUUACAGUGAACAUAAUUUUAACAAAGCAGUGCAUUGUUAAAAUGGUUGUUGGUUUUUUGUAACUACAGAGCAAAUUUUUCAGAAACUGUGCUUCUGAAGCAAAACUUUGGUAAAAACUUAACUGAAAUUAGCUAAUAUCAAUAAAAGGGGUGAAAUUAGACUUAAAAAGCACAUCUUCUGUCAGAGUUCAAGCUUAUAUUUUCUCCAGAGAAGUUAUGUUCAUGAACUAGUCACCUCUAAUCAGGUGAUCUCUAAUCUGAUUGGUUGUGACACUGAAGAUGUUAACCCUUGCAGCACAACUACUUUAACUAAAAUGUGCUCAUGCCUACAGUAUAGAGUACUAAUAUUUCACAACAUAUGUUUGAUGAUACAUCAUGUCAAAGUAGCUCCCAAUGAUAUUCUGAAAUAUAUCAAAAGUCUCAUAUUUAGAUUUCUACUUCUUCCAGCCUGUGAGAGUUGAUAGGAAUCAAUGCACUUUAAAUACCCCACUGUCAUCAUACAGUCUUGGAGAUGUUUCAAGUGAAGCAACUUCAAACACAAUUCUGCCAUUUAAAUUAUCCUCACUUCAGGCAAUGUUUUUACAGCUUCUAGUAGAUACUAUUUUCCCAUUUGCUCUCAUCUCUUUUUCAGGCAAUUAAAAGAGGCACAUAGAGCUUACAUAAAAAUAAAUACAAGCUAAAAUACGUAUGUAGUAGUAAGGAAUGUUAAUACAAUGUGCAUUUACACAGGACAUGGCACUUGAUUCGUCUUCUCCCUCAUGUUGUCCAAGAGGGAGAAGAGCAGUAAGAGGGAAUUAACAACAUAAUGCAAGCAAUUAUCUGGUCACCAAGAGCAGUGAAUGCUCCUGCUGCCCAGAAAAAUUAACCAAUUUGAAUAACUAAACUUAAUACACUGGACCAAUAGUUGGGACCAAUUAGGAUGAAUGUAUGAUUGACUUGCAAUGACUUUUAUGAAGCGAUGAGAUGACUUGUUGUCAAUAGAUGCUAUAAAUUGAAAUUAAUUGAAUAAAAUUAGAGAUAUUAGUUAACUGGUAAGUGCAACUUCUUCACUGCAUCUCUUCCAAAGCACAAAUACACACAAUUAUGGUGUCGUCAUUCAACCUUGUUACACAUUUCCCUUAGUGUUCAAUUUCUAUGGGUUUAAUUAAAUGCGUGGUUUAGUUUUAUGUCCAUAGUGCAAAAUGUAUUAACCAAGACAAAAACUGAUGUGUUCAAUACUUCUUUUCCCUGCUGUGUCCUGGGUAUUGAGCCUGAAAGAUCUAAAAUACUGCAAUGCCCUAUACUACCAGAAGAGGGCGCUGCAGCUUGAACGUGAGAGGUUCUGAAAAGUCAAAUGUACUAUAGACUCUGAAACAGCUAAAUACCUUAAGCCUCUCCAAGUCCCUGCAUUGGUUUCCUGUUUGCUCAAUGAUAGAUUUCAAAACUUGUUGCUCUAUAAGYUACUGAAUGGCCAUAGGAGAAAAGACAUUUCAGUGAUGCUGGUAAGGUAGAUCCUCUCGUCAUCGGAGACUUUGUCCCUCAGUGUUUUCAGGACAAGAACUAAACAUCUAGUUUUUGUUUGAAAAACUUUGGCUUCUUUAAAUCAAGUAGAAAAAAGCAGGACUCAUUUCUGCAGUUUUCCCAUGYAGCUCACAUAUGGACAUAGUCGUUUUUUCCCCCCUUGAAUUUAUUAUCUCUUAUGUUUAAUAUUUUUAUGGGACGCUUAAUUUAUCUUUAAUGUUUCAAGUGUCUUUAAGGGCUUGCUUGGAAACAUGCUUUACCAACUAGACAUAAUUUAACCUCAGUCAUGUUCCUUACUCAAAGCAAGAUGUUGUAUACCAAAAUUAAUGUUGUGAAUUAUUAGGAACUUCAUAUGAGCCACCAAGGAUCACCAGACUACAGGCCACCUCCACCUCCAUCCUCCACCUCCCUAUGAAGCAGCUGCGUCAUACCCCUUGUGCUCAUCUUCAGAUUAUACAACUAUGUUAUAAAUACCAGCUUUACAUGAAGAUGUUGGGAUGUUUGGAUGAUGUUAGUCUACUUCACUUUUACCAUAAACUGCUCUACAAUCCAAAGUGGCUUACUGUACGAUGUACAUUACAACUGGACAAACUGACAAAGUAUUGUUCAAAUUGUUUGUGUGCCUAAAUUUCAGUUUGUAUCUAUAAAAACUGCUUUAUUUAUUUACUAUCUAUUUAUUUAGUUGUGUUGCAGAUCACUUAGGGUUAGGGUUAACCUUUGUUUUUGUCAAAGUGAUCUGACAAAAACAGAUCACUUUUUUUGUCAGAUCUUUUGCAACCUUGUGAUUUAAUAUGUUCUAUCAAUAAACUUACAAUCUUUAACUGA